AUGGGUGAUAUCUCUUUGGAGGAGCAACUGCUCCGUGCUGUCGGAAGCGACGUUUCACUAGUGACCUUCCCCGUGACUCCCACGAGCGUUCCAGUGUUCAACCGCAACAUUCCAUUGAUACCAAAAGCUAUCAUCUUUCCACAAUCUGUUGAGCAAGUGGCGGAAAUAGUGAAGUGUGCUGCCGCUGCUGGGUACAAGGUCCAGCCAAAGAGUGGCGGGCACAGUUACGCAAACCAUGGAUAUGGGGGCGCCGACGGGGCCGUUGUCGUGGACUUGAAGAAUCUCCAGAAGCUCUCCCUCGAUGACUCGAGUCACGUUGCAACUUUCGAGGCGGGCGCUCACCUGGGAGACAUUGCACGAUUUCUCUAUAAGAAGGGAAGAGCAAUGGCGCAUGGAACGUGCCCUGAUGUCGGCCUCGGAGGACACGCUACCACGGGGGGUAUGGGUCCCGCUUCACGCCGAUGGGGGCUGGCGAUUGACCACAUCCUUGAGAUGCAAGUUGUCCUCGCAGAUGGACAGAUACUUCGAACGUCUCAGACAGAGCACGAGGACUUGUUUUUUGCGCUAAGAGGUGCCGGUGCCAGCUUUGGGAUUGUGACUGAGUUCGUGAUGCGGACGCAGCCAGCACCUACACAGGCCGUCCAGUAUGAGUGUCUGUUCGAUUCUACCGAUCCAGUGGUAAGAUCGAAUGUUUUCAAGUCCUGGCAGCGGCUAGUUGCAGACCCUGCGCUCCCCCUAGAGCUGCACAGUAUGAUUGAUGUCUUCGAACAUAAAAUGGUGAUAUCGGGAACCUUCUUCGGUCCACGGGAGAGGUUUGAUGCUCUUGACCUGAAUGCCCGCUUUCCGGAGAGUCAAGGUAGCGAGGUCACCGUCACAUCAGACUGGAUGCAGUUAGUGGAUGGUUGGGCGAACCAUGUGCUUCGCGAGUUCGGUGGUGGAGCUCCACGAGCCUUCUAUGCGAAGUCGUUGAACUUUAACGCGCAAAGCCUCAUGCCGCCACCUGUUAUUGACACCUUAUUCCACUUUCUAAGUACAUGGACUCGGACCCGAGGGAGGCUUUUCUUAUCGUUUCAUCUCGGAGGCGGCGCCAUUGCGAACGUUCCAGCAGACGAAACGGCGUAUCCGUAUCGAGACACUUUAUUUUGGGGGCAGUUUGCUGUGGCUGGACCGGGAGUCUUGCCUGAAAAGUCAAAGGAGUUUGUCAGCUGCAUCGUUAGUAUCAUCACCGGGGGUGUGCCAAACGGCGUCUUCGGGGCAUACGUGGGACACGUUGACCCCUCCUUGCUCAAUCCCCAAGAGGCGUACUGGGGUCCAAACCUACCCAGACUGGGGCAGAUCAAAACAUAUGUUGAUCCCCGAGACGCCUUUCAUAAUCCGCAAAGCGUGGCUGUACUCGAUGAAGCAGGCGCUUGA